GAUAGAGAAGACACAGGAAGAGUAGUACUUUACAUGUUUGGUGGUGGAUAUUUUGUGGGAUCACCUAAAUCAUUUCGCCAUCUUACUCAUCGGAUCGCUGAAAAUGCUGAAUGUUCAAUUUUUGCAAUUAAUUAUCGUCUUUGUCCACAGUAUCAAUUUCCUGCACCACUUUGCGAUGCUUUAGCAGCAUAUCUAUAUCUUACUAAUCCUGGUCCGGAAGCCGGAUUUAAACCAAUUGAUCCUAAACAAAUUGUACUUGCCGGAUCUAGUGCUGGUGGUGGACUAGCUGUUGCUACCGCAUUAUUCAUUCGUGACAUUGGUUUACCAUUACCAUCAGGACUUGUUUUAUGG